GAAAAGCUUCGAAACCCUAAUUAAUGGGGAAAGGCAGAACUCCUUGCUGCGACAAAACUAAGGUUAAGAGAGGCCCAUGGAGCGCUGAAGAGGACCUCAGAUUAACCUCGUUUAUUCAGAAACAUGGCCAUAAUAAUUGGAGGGCUCUUCCUAAACUUGCAGGAUUAAUGCGCUGCGGCAAGAGUUGCCGACUGAGGUGGAUUAAUUACCUCAGACCCGACGUCAGACGUGGCAAUUUCACACGUGAGGAAGAGCAAAUUGUAAUCAACCUUCACAAAUCUUUGGGAAAUAAGUGGUCGGCGAUAGCCAAGUUCUUGCCGGGAAGGACUGACAAUGAGAUUAAGAAUGUCUGGAACACAAGCAUUAAGAAGAAGCUGAUGGCUGUGACGGAAGAGGCCUCCGGUCACAGCCAUGUGACCGAAGCAACGCCCACUGAACCUGAAUUAGGGUUUCCAGUUGUCACCGAAGUGAUAGUAAUGAAGAAGGACCCAAAUUCCAUGGUUAUUGACGACAAUAAUACUGCUGCUGCUGCUGCUGCUGCAGCAGGGAUUAUUAAUGCAGGUGACUGUCAGCCAAUGUCUGAGUCACCGACAUCAUCGUACGGCUCAACUUUGACGACGGGGACGGAGGAAAUCCUGCCGCCGCCGCCGCAGGAAGUUCUUGCAAACCCUGACAAUGGCGAUUCUUUCAUAAUCGAGAUUCCGUUCGAGCCUUACGACGAUUACUCGGAGCUCUUCGAUAUGCUUAGUGAAGACUCGUCGCAGGGGAAUUCUGUUGGAGGAUCUGUGGAUGAGGUGGACGGCGAUUACGGACAGUUUUUGAUGUUGUUGGAAUCAGAGCUCGAGCUGCCGAAUGAGUUUGUCAAUGGAGGCGGUGACGUGGCGCCGGUGGAUCAGGGUCCAGUGGAGAGUGCUCAUAAGGUCCCGGAUCUUGGUCCUGAUUCGAACUCCGUUGCGCCGUGA